AUGCACCGAGGUGUUAACCAUGCUGAUCAACAACAGAACACAUCAACAAUCAGAACGAGUACACACGACGGGGGAGCUGGUCCGGAGCUACUGGCGCUAAUCCUUCUCAUCAUUCCUGUGGUUAUUGUUGUUAUCGUUUUCUUACAAAGAAGAGGGUACAUCAAACGAUGGCGACGAAACAUCAACAGAAGACGUCAUCCUGAGAAUAUGACGGAGGAUUCUGCAAUACCUUCACCUACUGGUACAAACGUUGAGGACGACCGUGGCGAGGAUCAAGCGUUGAUAUAUACUAAUGGCACUCCCAAUCUGUCAGUUGAAGGUUGAUAUAAAACGAUU